AUGAUCGAGGCUGCAGUCCCUGGUGUGAUCGGAGCUUAUGGUGGCAGAAGCUUCGCUAUCCAGGCCCUAAUCGUUUUCUGCGCCGGCCUCUCUAUGUACAAUGCCGUGGAGCUUGUGAUAUUGAUCUUCCUCACCUUCACUCAUUACCAUGGUCUAUACUUCUGGACGUUACUCAUAUCUAGCUUGAGCCUCGUCCCUUAUGCACUCGGUUUUCUAUUCAAGCUGUUCGACAUUUUGCCCGGCAAUGCACGGUGGGCUUCUCUUGUUCUUCUAACAAUAGGCUGGUACGGCAUGAUCACGGGGUCAAGUCUCGUCCUAUGGUCCCGCCUCCAUUUGAUCGUCAGCGGUGAAUAUGGCUCGAAAAUUCUCACGUACACCAAAUGGAUGAUCAUUGUUGUUGCUCUCACAUUUCAUCCCUCUACCACAGUCCUGACGUUUGGAUCCAACGGAAGCAUCGACACUGCUGGCUUUGUGAGAGUUUAUAGCAUUUGGGAAAAGCUCCAGAUGACAGGUUUCUUUCUUCAGGAACUGAUUUUAUCGUCGAUUUAUAUCGUCGAGACCAUCAAAAUCCUUCGCAUAUCACUGCAGCCGAUCACACGCAAACUGAUGCAUCAAUUGGUUGUUAUCAACUUGGUCAUCAUUAUCAUGGAUGUAGGGCUCAUUAGCAUGGAGUACGCGAACUUGUUCCUUCUUGAGACCAUUUUGAAGGGUGUUUGCUACUCUAUCAAGCUGAAGCUCGAGUUCGCCAUCCUCAGCCGUCUUGUCAAAUUCGUCGGCAGUAGCCAAGGGAGAUCUAUCGAUCCCAACGUUAAUAGAUGA